UUACCAUACGAGGAGUCAAUUCUGGAAAAAAGAAUAGUACAACAAGCGUUUUUCGAUUUCUUUGAAUCGUCGACUCUUUCUGUGCUUUCAUACGGAACAUUCCAAAUGCCAAAAACAAACUUCUAAUUUUCAUGGAAAGUCAAAGAGGGCAGCCGCGUCAUUUUGUAUUGAACCAACUUUUGUGGACUUAUGGCCUCCGUUCACCCUAUUCAUCCAAUGAUGUAUAUAUAUACACUAAUGUCAAACUCUUGUAUAUAUAUAUAUAGAAAAUACAAAGAACGGUGGAACUUGGAAGAAUAUACUCUUGUUUGUAUAGAAUGAAGCUGUGAGAGUUGUGCAACACAUUUGCAGAUUCUGGGAAAAGAGAAUGACAGUGAUGAAAAUUACAUGGAGAUCCAUCAUCCCUAGCUGUUCCAAGGGUGUUGUAAAACCAGAAGGCAAGCCUAAGAAGGAUGUUUCGAAACAAGGUUCAUUUACUAGGUUUGCAAUGUUAGACUUAAGUUAUCCAAGCUCAAUGUUGUCGGAGGAUCUGUCUACCUCGCUUGCCGGUUCGAAUCUUCAUGUUUUUACGCUUGGGGAGCUAAGACUGAUAACAAACAGCUUUUCAUCGGCUAACUUUCUGGGUCAAGGUGGGUUUGGACCAGUUCAUAAAGGGUUCAUUGAUGACAAGCUUAGGCCUGGAUUGAAAGCUCAAUCGGUGGCUGUUAAGCUCCUGGAUUUAGAAGGCCUGCAAGGACAUAGAGAGUGGUUGACUGAAGUGAUCUUUCUUGCACAAUUGAGGCACCCACAUCUUGUGAAGUUGAUCGGAUAUUGCUGCGAAGAAGAACAUAGACUGCUGGUUUAUGAAUAUAUGCCAAGAGGCAGCUUGGAGAACCAGCUAUUUCGAAGGUACUCGGUUUCUCUUCCAUGGGCGACGAGGAUGAAAAUUGCUCUUGGAGCUGCCAAGGGUCUUGCCUAUCUCCAUGAAGCAGAAAAACCAGUAAUUUACCGAGAUUUCAAAGCGUCGAAUAUCUUGUUAGACUCUGAUUACACGGCCAAACUUUCAGAUUUUGGUCUCGCAAAAGAUGGUCCGGAAGGGGAUGACACGCAUGUAUCCACCAGGGUGAUGGGGACAGAAGGCUACGCUGCUCCUGAAUACGUCAUGACAGGUCACUUGACGGUUAUGAGUGAUGUGUAUAGCUUUGGAGUGGUACUUUUGGAGCUUUUAACAGGGAGAAGAUCUUUAGACAAGAAACGUAGCCCAAGAGAGCAGAACUUGGUAGAGUGGGCGAGGCCAAUAUUGAAUGAUGCCAGGAAACUUGGGCGGAUAAUGGAUCCUAGACUGGAAGGCCAAUACUCGGAAAUGGGGGCACGAAAGGCAGCUGCAUUGGCUUAUCAAUGCCUUAGCCAACGCCCAAAGCAAAGACCAAAAAUGUGUGAUGUGGUGGGGAUUUUGGAGCCCCUUCAGGAUUAUGAAGACAUCCCAAUUGGUUCCUUCGUUUAUACGGUUCCAAACCAAAGUGGUUCACCAAAGGAGGAGGAGAAGGAAUGUGAAUCUAAAAAGAAAGAGACUGGGCAUCAUCAAAGAAACCACAAACCUCAUCAUCACGGCCAUGGGCAUCAAAACAGGUCACCAAAAAUGUCUCCCAUUCACUCCAAAAACGACACCCUUGAAAGUAAGUUGAAUUCUCCCUUGCAUCAUACAGCAAGGGGAGCAUAGGGUAUAUAGAUCACACUGUAAAUAGGAUUAAUUACAGAUUGCGUUGGAUUUUGAUCACUGUGGCGAAUGUUAAAGGAGUGUAAGAUUUACAUACCAAAAAAAAAAAAGUGUAAGAUUUUCUUGAGCGCAAAGACGUGUUUUACUUGCAUUGAUUCUUCCAAAAUAGAAGAAUUUGCUUUUCUUGGUUGAA